CCGCCAGCGUCAGUAGGCCCCUGCGCUCCGUGACGACGACACGGCGCACGCGCAUUCCUCGCGGCGACACAACAAAAAAACAAAUAUCUAGGCCGCUCUCAUGUGAUAGUUUACCAUUUCUCUCGCUUAUUAUGGAAAAAGUGUGCUCUGUGACCAAUCGAUAUUAUAUUUUCUAACGGCUCGCCGGCGAUCGAUCGAGCUUCGUUUUUGACAUGAUUGCAAAAAUCUGAAGUGUCAAAAAAAAACUUAAUUUAGCCGAGUUAUCUAUGUGGGCUACGUGAUAGUGUCAAGUGUGUGACCGUAUUGUUUCGGCGGUAUUUUUUAUUUGCAUUCGCGCAGUGUCCGUUAGUAGGUAGACGUUACUUGUGAUUCUUGGAAGUGAUCGUUUUUAGUUUUGGUGAAUGAGUCAGCUAACAGGCGUCGGGAUUGUUAACUUUGUCAACGUGCUACCCACGAUUUCCGAAGGCGUGACAAUGAGAGAAAAAAGGGGAGGCGCAAUGAGCAAAAUGCAAAAGCUUAGAAAGCGCCUGUCCCUUAGCUUCGGUAGAUUGUCUACAAAAGACGAGCCCGACGGCGACAACGGCGAGUGCCGCGGGCGGCAGCAGAACGGCGGCGGCCGGGGGAAGCUACCCUACAACGGAUACUCCGAGGAGUGCCUCGACCGGCUCGAGCCUAAUGGCAACAUACCCAAUGACAAGGACUCGCAUUACGAAUGGAGCGGGGGCGGCGGCAACGGCGAGUACCGCGUGCGGAGACAACUCUCCGUGUCUUCAGACUCGAAGCUCCUGGACGAGGGGGCGCGGGAGGAGGCGCGGGUGGUGAUGCGACCGAAGCGGCCGCCGAGGCCCAAGUCGGAGGCGUUCCUCGGCCCGCACGACCACUCCAACCGACGCACCAAGCGGUUUAGUGCCUUUGGGGGUGACUCUCCGUUCGGUAAAUCCGAAGCUUACAUAAAACUGGAGCAGCUCGGUGAGGGUUCCUACGCCACAGUGUAUAAAGGUUAUAGCAAUUUAACGCAACAAGUGGUGGCGCUGAAAGAGAUCAGACUGCAAGAGGAGGAGGGUGCGCCGUUCACGGCGAUCAGGGAGGCGUCGCUACUCAAGGAGCUCAAGCACGCCAAUAUCGUCACGCUGCACGACAUCGUGCACACGAGGGAGACGCUAACGUUCGUGUUCGAGUUUGUGGACACAGAUCUGUCACAGUACAUGGAGAGGCAUCCGGGCGGUCUGAACCACCACAACGUAAGACUGUUCAUGUUCCAACUGCUGCGGGGGCUCUCCUACUGCCACAGGAGAAGAGUUUUACACAGGGACGUGAAGCCGCAGAACCUGCUGAUCAGCUCUCACGGGGAGCUGAAGCUGGCGGACUUCGGGCUCGCGCGCGCCAAGUCCGUGCCGAGCCACACCUACUCGCACGAGGUCGUCACGCUGUGGUACCGCCCGCCCGACGUCCUGCUAGGAAGCACUGAAUACUCAACGUCGCUGGACAUGUGGGGUGUGGGCUGCAUAUUCGUGGAGAUGUUGUGCGGCGUGCCGACCUUCCCCGGCGUCAGGGACACGCACGACCAGCUCGACAAGAUAUUCAAGGUGGUGGGCACGCCGACGGAGGAGAGCUGGAGCGGCGUGUCGCGGCUGCCGGCGCUGCGCGCGCACGUGGCGCGCUGGGGCGUGUCGGCGGCGCGCGCGCUGGGCGCCGCGUUCCCGCGCGUGCGCGAGGCGGGCCGCGACGCCGAGCGCCUCGCGCACGCGCUGCUGCAGCCCGACCCCGCGCGCCGCCUGCCCGCCGCGCGCGCCAUCCACCACAACUACUUCGCGCACCUGCCGCCGCGCCUGCUGGAGCUGCCGGACGAAGUGUCAAUCUUCACAGUGGAGGGCGUGUGCUUACACCCGGAGACUCGGCACGCGACCAUCAAGUGAGGCUCCCACCGACGAGCGCGUUUUAGUUGAAUCCGUCGCACCGCUCCCGCCGCGGGUCCGCGCGUCACCGCCGCGACACCGCCGCGACACCGCCGCGUCACCGCCGCGACACCGCCGCGACACCGCCGGCCGACACAGUGCGUGCGAUGUGCGUUAGUUAGUACCUUUCGAUUCCUAUAGUUUUUAAAAUUGUCGAAUUCUGGUUGACUCGUUUCGGUGGACCAAAAUUUCGUGAUAAUUUCUCGUCUAGUUUAAAAAAUAAAAAUUAAACGGAGGUGGCAUCGAAUGCCGUCGACAGUAUUCGAGUUUGUGUUGAGAUCCUAUGUAAUUGUUUGUCCAUCCGUCAAUCGCUUCGUCGAUUAUCGUAUUAGUGCUUGUUAAGCUUCAAACGGAAUAUCCAUCCAUAAAAUUCAAUUAUUCUAUGGUGACAAGGUAAACUGUUAGCUAUCGAUUGUAUGAAUUAUAUCUAUAAAUAUAAUAAACAGAGCAGUGUGCCAUGUAUAUCUAUUAUUGAGAAGAAUAUUACUUUAUUAUUUUAAAAGAUUUUUUAUGCUGGAAAUAUAUGCUCAUAAUUUGGUAAACAUUUUGAAGAUGUUUAUUUAUAUUUAUUAAGGAAUAAUUGUCGAUGAUGUAACUCUAAUGCAGUCUUAUGAUAACUACGACUUCUCAUCGCGUCCGCGUCGCCAGUCGACGUCGCGUUUAGUUUCGACUUGCGGCGCGGACGUCCGCAGUAAUGAAUCUUGGCGUUUGUCUAAAUCUUAUGCACACAUUCCUUCCACGGUGCUCAAUAGUAACGAUAGUGGCGCGGGAGUGUGUCGCUGCAGCCACGCUCCCAGUGAUAACACGUGAAUUGAUCGCGGAUUACCAACGUUAAACAAAUGAACAAGACAGAUCUCAAUGUAAAUGAUGUGUGGGACCGUCCUACUGUAAAUUGUAUCGUGAUAGAUAAUUCGACGACUUAUAACUAAACACAUAAAUUAAAUUUAAUCUCUUUCGGUACGGGGGACGAUUGUAGAGUUGAUGGGCGUUAGGUUCCGUCUAGACUUUAGUGAAAUUAACCAGUUUAGACAAGUUUAUAGUGGUCCCUCACGACGUAAGGCUAGGCGAGCGGAGUACUCGUGCGAGUGACUGACGCGACGUACCGAUAGGACGCCGGCGCAUUGGCAACUUGAACAUGAGACUUGCAUAAAAUAAUCUUAGUGCGACGAAUGAAUCGCUCGUCUUAGUGUAGCUACUUCUAUGAAAAUGUCUGUGAUUUGAAAAUAGAUUUAGCCCUAAAGAAACGGUAAACACCAAUUUGUGCCAACAAGUUAAUGAACGCUUGAUUAAAAAUAUUAAUAAAUAGUGAUUGCUUAUUAUCACGAGGACGACGCCGGCAUCGCAUGCGAUCGAAACUAAACAAUUUAGUGAUAUUCCGUAGAUAUUUUAUGCUAGUCUAGAUGAUAUGUACAUACAAGUGACCUGACGGACAGUAGAUGUAAAGUAAUUAAUACGUGCCUGCCGGCGCGCAUGUCGCCUGUGCGGAACAAGCGACAUGUGCGCAUGCUCCUUGUAUGCUAAAUUAAACAAAUUAACUUAAAAGCCUUACAUGCGGCGCCGUGCCGCCCGCACAAGCACUGCCAGUAUCCGAGUUCUCAAUAAGUAUAAGUAGUAGUCGAGUUGUCAGUGCGCGGCCGCAGCGAGCGUAGAUCGAGUUAGAGUAGAGUACUGCGCGUGGGUACUGAGCUUUAGACACGCUGCAUGCGAGUGGGGGGCGACGCUUGCGCAGUGCGCCCGCCGUCGACCCUUUUUAAUGACGAGAUAUCUCGACCCGUCUCGAAACUCGGUCACGUAUUAUUUAGUCUCAAAUUUAAGUAAUUGUUAUGAUUAUUUGAGCAUUGUUUCAACGUAUUUAAUCUAUGGGAAAAUUCUGUAAAUUGUGAGUGUCAACAAGAUAGAUAUCGGAGCUCAAUAGUUUCAUAUCGAAUUGUUAAAGUCGUACGGACGGAUGAAUAAUUGUAUAAUUAAGUAGCAAAUUGUAUAGUAAAGUUAUUUGAAUUGACUUUUCAAGUCACAAAGGCAAGCGUCGCGCCCCGCACUCGAGCGUAGUUAAUUCGUUUCCGAACACCAAAAUAGUACGUAAAUUUGUAUAAUAUUAUGUGAAACGCAAUAUUUUCAGUGUACAUGGUUUGUUGAGUUUGUGUGUAUCUUUUUUGAUAUCGAUGAUUUAGAGCUCGGGACACGUGCCUUUAGUACAUUUACAGUGGUCGCUGGAGUUGUAAUUAUACGUGUUAAUUGGUGGAACAAGUAUGUGAAUGACAAUAUAAUUAAACAAGUGCAUUGCGGACAGGUUGUUAUAAUUACCUUCCGACAAAAUAAUAACACAAAUUUAUUACCUGCAUUAAUAAUUAUAAAAUGUAACAUUCAAAAUAUAUGCGUGAUUUUUAUUUAAUAAUGUAAUUUAAUCUUUACCUUUUUUUCCAUAAAAUCAUGUCUUAUCAUAUACAAAUUAGAACUCCAUCGACCAUGGAACGUGGAAGGUGUAAGAGCAGCUUAUUCGAUAUUAAUGUGUAUAGUAGUGUAGUAGAUAAGUAAGUGACGAAUGGAUAUUACCGCGUGGUCCCGAGCUCUAGUUCGCGUGUACGUGGGUAGAAGAAGAAGGUGGGGUUAAGUAAACAAUUCACCCGUUGAGUGAGGCACAUGUAAAAAAUACGACAGGUCAUCUGAGUUAGCAUUUAUAUUGUGGAAGUUAGGAGAUUCUAUUGUAUACACGAUCAUUUGCAUUUGUUCAAUGAAGUGAUGACCGCCGACGAAUUCUGUACAUAGAUAUAAUAAAUAAUCGUUUGGUUCGUUUAGUCUCGUUCGUUGAGUCCACGAGUUGCCAUUGCGAGUUUAACGGACGAUGUAAUGAGAUUUAUUUUAACUUCUAUAUUUAGGUUAUGUUCGGUUAACAUCAUUAUGUUAUUUUACGUAUAACGAAACGUCCCGCUGACGGUUCGAUUAUAAUAUAAUUUUUAUCUUUUUGGAAUGUAUAAACAACGUGCUUUUAAUUGAUUAAAAGAAUGUAAAUACAAUAUUUGAACUGAUAAUAAUAAAAGUUUUUAUUUCUUAAUGAA